ACGCAGCGAUGAAUACGGAGAGCGACGGCGGCGGCGGCAACGGCGUCGACGGCGGCGAAUGUGUCCCGCACCCGAAUGUUCGCGUUCAGUACGCGUCUCCGGCACGUCGGUCGUCUGACUGUUGGUUCGGUCGUGGAAUCGGCGAGAAUAGAAAACGCAGGGAAUAACAGGAGGAGGUUAGAAUCGUGAAGAAGAAUUUCUCGCGACGUAACGUGCUGCGUGACAAGCCAAUGACCGUGCAGACGCUCUGGUGAUUUCCAAGGCGGGAAUCUCGGGUGGCAUCCUGGUCUAGAAAUACCGAGGCCGCAAACGAAACUAAAUCGGUCGCAAGAGCACGUGGUGCAGAUCAGUUAAUGAUCUCAGUAAAUCGAUAUCCCGCGACUCGUUCGUGUUAAAUGAUUCUGCCUUAGCAGUAAGAAAUCUGAUUCCCCCCAGUUCCUUGGAAAAUCAUAAGAGAUAUCCUCGUGGUUUUUUUUCGAAGCUUCGACAGAUAUCUGAGACCACUGCCAGGAUACUGAUUGUGUCUGAUUGUUAUCUUCUCCUUUCUGGCCAGUUGACUCCCACGAGCAAUCGUAAAAUUGGGGUUCAGGUUCAAAGAUCAAAGCUCGUUGGAAAGCCUCGCGAUCCUUAUAACGUACAACGUAACAACGUGGCCGGCGUAUCGGUGAGAUAGGAGUUCAGUCGCUGCUCGACUGUCCUGAGCUACGCAGCGGUGAAUUCACACGAAGGUGAAAAAAAAAUUACAUCGAGAAGUAUCUACCUCAGUGUAAAACGUUUAUACACUUCCUGAAGUGUGAAGUGGCUGAGUUCGUCAAUAAGAAUAUAUUGAAAAAUUUGAGUGUCAUUAAUAACCACUGAAAAUCCCAAGUAUCCGCAAAGUUUGCUUUUGUUUUUUGUCAACCCGACCAAGCAUACAAAAGAGAAAGAGAGGGACACCUCGAGUACUGGAGUUCGACAGUUAAAGAAAGAAAAAGAAAAGCACAAAGAGCAUCACGGAUUGUACUUUGCGAGGAACGCGAAGCACAAAGCGCCACCAUGAUCGUGGAGGACAAGCUGGAGAUGGACGGAUUUUGGAUCAAAGGAGCGAUCCAUGCGAUCAAAGCUCUAUCCUACGUCUACGACCUGCUGACCUUCCCGGUAUACCUGAUACUACAACGGCCUUGGGAAAAGAGGAAAUUGUCAAGAAGAAUCAAGGCCAGACCCAUAGAUAAAACUGAGAAUUCAAUCACAUAUAGGAGUGUCGAUUCCCCGGGUGCCAUGUAUAUUGCUAUUGAACGUAACAAGGUAGAAACCCUGGACGGUAUGUUGAGGUGGGUGGCAAAUAUCCAUUCUGGUAAGCGUUGCCUGGGAACCAGGCAGAUACUUGCUGAAGAAGACGAGCUGCAACCCAAUGGCAGAGUCUUCAAGAAGUACAAAAUGGGAGAUUACAAGUGGAAAACUUAUUCUGACGUGGACAGGCUGGUCUUGUCGUUUGCCAGAGGCCUGAAAGAACUUGGUCUCACUACCCGGAAGAACGUAGUGAUCUUCGCCGAGACUAGAGCCGAAUGGAUGAUUGCUGCGCAUGCUUGCUUCAAGCAGAAUCUUGCUGUGGUGACAAUUUAUGCGACCUUGGGAGAUGACGCCAUUGCUCAUGGUAUUAAUGAGACCGAGGUCGAUACUGUCAUUACCAGUCAUGAAUUACUGCCUAAAUUUAAGAGACUUCUUGAAAUGACACCUGUGGUUAAGACUGUUAUUUACAUGGAAGAUCAACUUAAGUUCACCGAUACCAAAGGAUAUAAGGAGGGAGUCAACUUGAUACCUUUCUCCGAUGUCAUUAAAAAGGGCAACACAUCUGAUGUGGAACUGAAUCCACCAAAGGCUAAUGACACAGCGAUCAUCAUGUAUACUUCAGGAUCCACCGGUGUACCUAAAGGAGUGAUAUUGUCACACCGCAAUAUCAUGGCUACUAUAAAGAGUUACUGUAAUGCCGUGGAACUUAAAGAUGAUGAUGUUUUUCUUGGAUACUUGCCACUUGCGCACGUUUUGGAAUUACUUGCUGAAACUGUCUGUCUACUAUCUGGUGUACCUAUUGGCUAUAGCUCACCGUUAACUAUGAUAGAUUCAAGUAGUAAAAUUCAGAGAGGUUCCAAAGGUGAUGCUUCGGUACUACAUCCAACAUGCAUAACUUCAGUACCGCUUAUUCUAGAUCGUAUUUCAAAAGGUAUAAACGAAAAGGUUAAGAGAUCUGGACCCUUCAGACAAGCGAUAUUCCAUUUUGCAUAUGAAUACAAACUCAAGUGGACCAAGCGAGGAUACGAGACUCCAAUCUUUGAUAAAUUCAUAUUUGGAGCUGCCAAGCAGGUCUUGGGAGGUCGAGUCAGACUCGUCCUCUGUGGUGGUGCUCCUCUGAGUCCUGAUACUCAUAGUCAAGUUAAACUCUGUCUCUGUGUGACUGUUACUCAAGGAUAUGGUCUAACAGAGACUUCAUCUUGCGCAACAGUUAUGGACACUUACGAUGGAAGUACUGGAAGAGUUGGUGCACCAACAACUGUGUGCGAUAUCAGAUUGGAAAAUUGGGAAGAAGCUGGAUACAGGGUGACCGAUAAGCCUUAUCCCAGAGGCGAAAUUUUGAUUGGUGGUGACAACGUGUCAUCCGGUUAUUACAAACUUCUGGAAAAAACAAAGGAAGAUUUCUUCCAAGAAAAUGAUAGGCAAUGGUUCAGAACGGGCGAUAUUGGCGAAAUGCAUCCAGAUGGAUCAAUGCAGAUUAUAGAUCGAAAGAAGGACCUGGUCAAGCUUCAACUAGGUGAAUACGUCUCUUUAGGUAAGGUCGAAGCUGAAUUGAAGACCUGUCCGGUUGUAGAGAAUAUUUGUGUCUACGGUGACUCUAAUAAAGCCUACACCGUGGCGCUAGUAGUACCAAGUCAUCGAAAUCUCGAAGAGAUUGCAGCCAAUCUUGGAAUUACGGCCACUUCUCUGGAGGAAUUGUGCAACAAUCCGAGGAUUGAAAAAGCUGUUUUACAGGAGCUUGUCGAACAAGCAAAGAAAUGUAAACUCCAAAGGUUUGAAAUCCCUGGCGCUGUAAAACUAUGUCCAGAACAAUGGUCGCCAGACAUGGGUCUUGUCACUGCGGCAUUCAAACUAAAGAGGAAGGCAGUACAAGACCGUUAUCAGCAUGAGAUAAGCCGAAUGUACGCUUCGUGAUGUAGCGUAAAACGGUGCGACAAGUGCAAAUAAUAAGUGUGGAUUGAAGCCCGAUUAACUACCACCCUUCCGCAGCAAAUCAUCAUCGAUACCACUACUAUUAUAUAUCAUCACCACAAUCAUCACCCUCAGUUCGUAUGUAUAAUGAGACCCAGUUGAUGUGUAAAUCACGGCAAUCGUGUGAAGAAAAUGAAUAAUUCAUGAGUUCGCGGUACGUAUCAUCAAUGUUAUCGAUGAUAGGUUUAAUUUUUGUAUAAAUAAUUUACUUUCCGCGAGCUCCACGUUAUAGAUAUUGUUCUAGAUUUCAUUGUCGUCCUCGUCGUUGUCGUUGUCACUCUUAAAUUAUCAUUAAUUUAAUUCCACGGUUGCUCGAGCAAGCUCGACUCCUGUACGCAGAAACAAUAUAAGAUUAACAAUGACGCUCCUGGUAUAACUUAAGGGUUAACAGAAAAAGAGAAAAGAAUAUAUUAUAUAUUGUGUAGAUAAAGUUAUUGAUUUUUCCAUUCUAGUGGUCUUCCAAAAUCGAGUCAAAAUGUUGUUAAUUAUUCUUCAGUUAAGGUGGCCUCGUGUGACUACCUAUAAAUUAUAUUAUCAGGAGUGUCUUGGCGCAAAGAUAAGGGAAAAAGUAUCAGAAGAAAAAAUUGAAAUAUCACGUUAUGAUUUCGAUAUAGAAUAUGACAACUGUUCCUAGUUUUUCUUCCUUUCAAAAUGGUGGUCAGCUAUUGAAAUCUUGUUUUGUCUUCCUCAAUGAUCUUCGACGUUACUUUCUCUAUCGAUGCUCUGCGUAACACUUCGGCAAGCCAUUUUGAAGUUGAUUAACCUAUUAAAUGGUCUUAUGCUCGAUAAACGAAUGCGAAGGUGAAAUUUACUGAAGUAAUAAAAGGUGCAGAGCAACCGGAACAUCCGAAAAGUUACUAAUAAUCUUACUUCUCCACUCAAUUGUGAAUUAUUUUAGGGUUCUAUGUUUUACGUCCCAAUUGUUAAUUUGCGAAAUGUGCUCUGUAGACCAAAUGCGGAACUAAAGGCAACUAUAUGAAAUGAUUAGAUAAUAAAUCAUCAUGAUUGCUAUCCUAGAUAAAUAUAUUUGUAUUUUUCGUCAAAUUCUAAAGUGAAAUACUGUUGUGUGUAUGUCGUCGUGAGGUCACAUUAUUUCUGACCUUUAUAAUUAUUGAACGUAAUUGGAAAUUGAAUACUGUAACUUCAACUAUGAAUAUGUCCAUCGUAGAGCCUUUCCUUCUGCAGCUCAAAAUAAUGUUUUCAAUUUUAUGCCCACAAGCUGGUUCAAUGAAAUUGUUUGUUGCAAUAGUUAAUCGACAAUCGUACAGUUCAAAGGAGACCUUAUGGACUAUAUUACUCAGUUGUAAAUUAGAUUAGUUAAAUUUAAUUCACUAAAUUCUGUAAGUAUGUACAUUGGAAUGCAUAUUGUCAUAGGCUCACUUUUAAAUUGUAUGUAUUAAAUAUUUUUUGAAUCCAUUUUCUGGCUAAUCAGCAGAGAAUUUAAUGUAUCAUUUCGUUGAACCAUACUGUGUACAUAUAUAUAUAUAUACGUGAAAUCUGGGAUCCAUAUUAUGCAUGUCGUAUACGUAUGCUUGUAUGAUGCGUGUGGGCGCACAAGUGUGUUGACAAGAAUGUUGGUGUUGUUAUUCUCGAAAAGGGCGUAAGUCCACCGUCAGAUAACAAUACAAAAAUUAUCUAAAGAGAGCAUUGAUUCUCUUCGUUAAGUUGUAAAAUCAAAGGAAAAGAACCUAUUUACACGGCUACAGGGUACGUUUGAUGAAUAUUGUUAAGUUUUCUUUUUUUUUUAAAUAAACGAACGGAAUUACGUGCAAACAAUAUUUUGGUGACAAGCGCCCUUUUCGGAAAAAAAUAUCAACUGACUUCAGCAGACGUCAUACCUAAAUCCAAGUCUCCGAUCCCAUGAUGUCUUUAAUAAUUGGCGUAUUUUAUAAUUUGUAAAUUAUUUAAAAUAUUUUUCGUUGAUAAGACUAGAGAGACAAAGAGAGGGAAGGCAAUGAAAAAGAAAAUUGUUAAUAAAAGCAGAAGAUAAAUUUGUCUUUUUCUUUACUUUUUUUUUUAACUGCCGCAUAAUAAAGAACGAAGCACAAAAUGGUA